GCCUGGAAUUCAGCGUUCGUUUUCUGUAAAGUUAUCAGCAGAGACCCCCAGGACCUCAUAAGUGGCAGUCAUGCAUUCAAGAGCCUACCUUCUAUUGGAACGGGAUUAUGAGGAUCUGCAGAAGACCCCACUCUAUGGUAUUUCUGUAAGACCAGCAAGUGACGGCUUCCUGACAUGGAUAACCAAGAUCCGAGGGCUGAAGGACUCCAUUUGGGAAGGGGCGGCUCUCCAGGUCUCCUUGUCAUACACAGAAGAAUACAACAACUUCCCCCCGACUGUAACAUUCAACACGAUCCCAUUUCACCCCAAUGUUGAUCCAAGGACUGGAAAGCCUUGUGUUGAUUUCCUGGACAACCCAUCGGCCUGGAACCCUCGUUAUACGAUGAGUUAUGUCCUGCUGGCCAUCCAGACUCUGCUUUCCAAUCCUGUGAUGGAGGACUUUGUGAAUUUGGAAGCCGCAGACGCUCUGCUGAACAGACCAGAGGAGUACAGACAGAUGGUGUUGAACUGUGUGAAGAUCAGCAGACAGAUUGAUGCUGGUUCGUUUCAAGAUUGUACACCGGUUAGAGAGCCAUCGGCCACAGAGAAAACACCUGCGCAAAGGAAGAUAAAAGCCAUUUCUUUUGAAGAUUAUCACCAAAUUUGGAGUGGAAUUGCUACAUCAACUGAUCCUGAGAAUUUACAAGCUGCAGGGCAUAAAGGACUCAAAUCCAAAACACCGUACCAUCAAACCAAUGGAACCAGUACUGCAAACAAACAAUACAACAUCCUUACCCAUGGGUUUAUUGAUGAUAGAAGAGGAGUGAUUCCAUCCAUCCAGCUGGGGAGCGAGGAAGACCCUCACAACUGUGUGUUCUGCAGGCUGUCGUAUAAUUGCGGCGUAGAGUUCCUGGGACGCUCGGAGCCAGAUACAAGCCGGAGAUCUGAUUCCAAUAAAGAUGCUACGGUGUGGUUCUGUGGAUCCAGCUGUGACGGAGAACCUCGGGAAGAGGAGGUGGAUCACCUGGUGGUGUGGACUAAUACACUCAGUUCUGAUUUACUAGAAGACUGAGCGGGGACCAGAACCAGCCAACAAACCCAACAGUACCAGCACAUAAUUGCAGCCUCUGUGCCCGGAAACAAAGGAGGACUUUGUUUUAUAAGAUGACAAUUGUGGGCAUGGCGAAACAUACCCAGCAAGUCUUGGUGACCUUAUGUACCCCAAUACAAACUGGUAAUCAGGGCCGCCAUCAGGGGGGUACAGGCAGUAUAUAUUUUUAUAUAU